UUUACCAUCUAUGCGUCACGUGAUUUGCAUGAUGGCAGUGAUUACUGAAAUGUAAGGGAUGUAACACUGCGAGGAGUUUGGUGCACUCUGAGAAAUUACUAUGAGUACUUAGGACCGAGGAUUAGCCACGGGUAACUGUAUCGAACCGUAUAAAGUGGCUUUUAAAGAAGCCACUUACUUACAUGACAAGUCGAUGGACAAACUAUUUCACUCUUCGAAAAUGAUGAACGGACAUCCCAAGACGCAGCCUCCAGACCGAAACUCACGGACAGUGGAGCCGCCAUCAAACCCGGUUAUUGCAAGCGUACGGGGAAUAGGGGGCCUGGAGCCCCAGUCGAGUCGAGGGGCCGCCUAUAUGCGCAACACCGCCAGGAUUAUACGAAGGGAAACGAGCGAGGAAAAGAGGGACUUUGGCAAGGGCGAGAAGUUUAAACUGAAGAGACGAUGUAACAGUAUUAUCAUCGAGGACGACGAAGACAUCCGAAAUCUUGAGGAAACAGUGCGUAACCUGGGCGUUUCUAGUCCCACGGGCCUGGGUAUGACCACUUCCAUGAUCUUCUCUCUGAGGAACACAAUCGGUUGCCUUGUCAACGCUCUCAAGGUCUUCGAGGAGAACCACAUAAACGUGGUUCACAUUGAGUCGCGGCGGUCGGAGCGGGCAGCGGAUAUGUUCGAUAUCUACGUGGACCUGGAGACAGACCACAUCCGCCUACAGGAGCUCAUCCGCCGCCUUAAGAAACAGGUGGCCUCCAUCACCCUAAAUGACUUUCCCGUGCCCCAGUCUCCGGCAUUCGGCAUGAGCCCCAAAGAGACGCUGACGUUGUCGCCAUGGUUUCCAAAGACGGUGUAUGACCUUGACCGUUCGGCGAACCGCGUGCUCAUGUAUGGCACGGAGCUGGACGCCGACCAUCCCGGCUUCACAGACAAGGUGUACAGACAGAGACGAGCAUUCUUCACCGAAGUAGCUCUCAAUUAUAGAUGUGGCCAACCAAUACCAAGAAUAGAGUACACAAAUGAAGAAAAAAGAACAUGGGGCGUUGUGUUCCGUGAGCUUACGAAACUAUAUCCGACCUACGCCUGCCGAGAAUAUAUGCGGAACUGGCCCCUGUUACAACAGUGCGGAUACAGAGAAGACAAUAUACCACAGCUACAAGAUGUUUCAGAAUUCUUAAAAGCGCGGACGGGUUUCACGCUGCGGCCGGUUGCGGGGUACCUGUCGUCACGUGACUUCCUGGCGGGGUUGGCGUUCCGGGUGUUCCACUGCACCCAGUACAUCCGGCAUGGUUCAGAACCACUCUACACACCGGAACCUGACUGCUGCCACGAGCUGUUCGGCCAUAUCCCUCUCCUGGCAGACCCCAGCUUUGCCCAGUUCUCCCAGGAACUCGGCCUCUGUUCGCUUGGUGCUUCAGACGACGAGGUCGCCAAACUGUCCACGUGCUAUUUCUUCUCGGUGGAGUUCGGACUAUGUAAACAGGAUGGAGACCUGAAGGUAUUCGGAGCGGGCCUUCUCUCCUCCGCCAGCGAGCUUAAGCACGCGUUGACGGGGAAGGCACUGAAGAAGCCGUUCGAACCGCUGACGACGUGUCAGCAGGAGUGUCUGAUCACCACGUUCCAGGAUGUUUACUUCUUCACAGAGAGCUUCGAGGAAGCCAAAGAACAGAUGAGGAACUUCGCGAGCACGAUAAAGCGGCCGUUCGCCGUCCGUUACAACCCCUACACACAAAGCGUGGACGUCCUUGACAACACGCGUAACAUCGGUUACCUCGUGAGCGAGGUGAAGGGCGAGCUGUGCAUCGUCAGUGAUGCCCUCCGGCGCGUUCAGCAGCUCGAGAAGGCGCGCACCAAGGGAAAGCCGCUCUCUAAAGCCAUGGAAGACUCCAUAGAUGAACAGGAGGACAUGCCGGACAUGUGACACGGGAACAGUGCUUAGGACAUAAAUAUUUAUAGUGUAACUGUACUAGAAAAUAAUAUAUGUAGCGAUGUCGGAGAUAUGUAGGUAUAACAGGGAAUAAAUGAUGACAUUUCAUGAUCAAAAUGCAAGUGAAUGCAUAUAUGCCAAAUGGAUUGAUUGAAAAAAUGUGCUAAAUGACUAUUCAUAAAAAAAAUGUAUAGCGGACUCUACGGUGUGACGGAUCUAUUUACUAGUUCCAUCCGGUACCAUGUAUGUGCUGAUUUAUUUCUGCUAUUGUAUAUGUUUUACAAACUAUUUGCAUGAAAAGGUGAUUGUGCAAUUCGAUUAUGAAGUAUUUAAAAUAGUAAAUGCAAUGUAUAUAUGUGCUCUGAAUGUGUUCAUCGUCAUGGUUAGACUUCACUCCUAAGGCCUCAACGUAACAGCAUUGUACACAACAUAUUUAAGGUUUUGUUGUUUAGCAUGGUAUUUUACGUGUACAAAUAUGUAUAUUCCAAGUGGGAAUACCCGGAAUUAAGCCCGUAUUCAGCGCGCACAGGGCUGGGACACAAUUUCAACGAGCCGUUAUUUCUAAAAGGUCGUUACCUUCAUUAACAAUUCGAAGCGGAUUUCCGAAAAAAAACUACAAUUGACUGUCUUUUUAAUCCUUCACAGACAUAUGAUAAAGAGAAACAAUAUUUGUUUUAGCGUAAGAUUUCAAUAAAGUUCACCUCGUGAACACCAAAAGUAAAUAAAAAGUAUAUUUCAUGGUCCAUACACGGUGAAAUAUAUGCGAUCUUACACUGAAACAAAACAAUAUUGUCUAUGUAAUUUACGAAUAAGGUUUAUAGGCGAUGUGAAAAGAGAAAAAAAUGAUAAUUCAACACUACUCAUGUAAUAGGUAGUAUUGAUUGCAUGUUUGAUUGCCAAGAAUGUGUGUUACAUGUACAAAUAUUUGGCUAUGGG